AUUAAUUUAAAGUUUACUUUACAUAUAUAUUUUCUGUCAAAAUGGUAGUGUUUUUAAGUGUCCAUUGACCAAUAUUGCAGUGUAAAACUGCACAUCUGUCAAUAUGAACAUGUAUCAAAGAAUCGUAGUUGCAUAUUACUACUAAAGUAUCCAGUAACAAACGUGUCCGCAUCAGUCAAAGCACUGCAUCGUGAGCUUGACUUAAUGAAGUUUUGUGGCCACUAGCUGUUGCCGAAAAAAAAACAAUUACCACUCCACAACGGCAUAAGUUUAGUGUUUAAUAUACAGGUAGGUCAAAUAAUGUUCACUCCAUCAAACCUUUUCCAACAUUCCACACCAUCGAUCGUAUCGGCUACCAAAAUCGGUAUCUGAGGUGGAAAAAGUGUCCAGGAUAAGAGGAAUGUGUUGACGUUGGAAUGGUUCAAAUACGUUGAAAAAUGUGGGAUUUGUGCAACUUGGGAAAAAUGUCCUGUUCAUUUCAAUGGAAACUUCUUGGAAUUUUGGGAAAAAGCGGGAUUUUUUUUUUUUUUUGGGCAAAUGAUUAGGAGAAUGAAUGAGCUGAAUUGGUUGGUGUUAGAAUUGUUUAAAUCGGACAAGAAAUGUUGACGUAGGAAAGGAUUUAAGGGAAUUUUGGGAACAUCUGGAGUUUUUUUGAAAAUGGUAAAAUACUUGAACGAGUUGAAAUGGUGGAAUUUUUAAAAUCGGUCGUGAAGUGUUGUAAAAGUAACAUGUUGAAUUCAAUCAAUCUGUCAAUGUUUAUUCAUAUAGCCCUAAAUCGCCAGUGUCUCAAAGGGCUGCACAAGCCACAACGACAUCCUCGGUUCAGAUCACACAUAAGGGCAAGGAAAAACUCAACCCUGUGGGAUGUCAAUGUGAAUGACUAUGAGAAACCUUGGAGAGGGCUCCAGAUGUUGGUGACCCCCAACCCCUCUAGGGGAGGCCGGAUGCAAUGGAUGUCGAGUGGGUCUUGCAUAAUGAAAGUCCAGUCCAUAGUGGAUCUAACAUAAUAGUAAGAGUCCAGUCCAUAGUGGGGCCAGCAGGAGACAAUCCCGAGUGAUGACGGGUCAGCAGCGCAGAGAUGUCCCCAACCGAUGCAAAGGCGAGCGGUCCACCCCGGGUCCCGACUCUGGACAGCCAGCACUUCAUCCAUGGCCACCGGACCUGUGUCCCCCCUUCCACAAGGGAAAGGGGGGCAGAAAAUAAAAUAAAUGGCAGAUCAACUGGUCUAAAAAGGGGGUCUAUUUAAAGGCUAGCGUAUGCAAAUGAGUUUUUAGAUGGGACUUAAAUGCUUCAACUGAGGUAACUGUUAUCGGGAGGGCAUCCCAGAGUACUGGAGCCCCAAUAGAAAACGCUCUAUAGCCCGCAGACUUUUGAAUUGAGAAAUGGUAUCAUGGAAUUCUUGGAACUUCGAGAAAACCUGGUUCCAGUUAAAAAAACAACUGGGUUUUUUUUGUCCGGAUUAAGAAGAAUGUUUUGAUGGUGGGACGGUUGAAGUGGGUUGAAAAAUGUGAAAGGAUUAGUCACCAGAAAUAGGUGGAAAUAAGGCUUUGGAAAACCAGGUAUUCUGGAAUUUCUUUGAACUUGGAAAAAGGUUAGUUUGAAUUUCCAGGAUGGUGGAAUUUGUUGAAGGUGGAAUGGUUUUGAAUAACCUGGUUCCAGUUCAAAAAACAACUUGUUUUUUUUGUCCAGAUUAAGAAGAAUGUUUUGACGGUGGAAUGGUUGAAGUGGGUUGAAAAAUGUGGAAGGAUUAGUCGCCAGAAAUAGGUGGAAAUAAGGCUUUGGAAAACCAGGUAUUCUGGAAUUUCUUUGAACUUGGAAAAAGGUUAGUUAGAAUUUCCAGGAUGGUGGAAUUUGUUGAAGGUGGAAUGGUUUUGAAAAGGUUGAAAAAUGUGGCAAUGGUGAAAGUUUGAAAACUUUGGCCAAUUCAUUCUGUAUGAGAAAAAUGUCCCGGAAAACCUGGAAUUCUGGGAGAUCUGGAAAUUUUUGUAAUUUGUCAAGAGAGAGCCCGCGGUUCCCGAAUGGGCUGAACAGUUUGAAUUUGGAACGGUUUGAACCGGAUGAAAAAUGUGGAAGGUAGAGCGUGCCAAAAUCUGGACAAGAAGAAUAAUAAUAAAUGGAUGCAUUUUGGUAUGGAAAACCAUAUGUAUGUUUUGGAGCAUCAUUACAUGAUAAUACGAAAACAUUAAUUUUUGCAUAAUUAUUUUGAACCCCAAAUUUUCCAACCCUGACCAGAGACCAAAGAUAAUGUGGUUCUCAAGAAGAUGUUCAUAUUCUCAAUAAUAAACAAAAUACACACUGUGCAGCUGUACCUAGUGACUGUGUGUUGGGUUAAAAAGUCCAGGAGAAAAACUAAAUGAGCCCCAGUCGGGAAAAAAAAAACAGAAAACACCUGACGGCAAGGCGGUGGCAGACCACAACAUGUGAUGCGCCCUGAGGGUCUCGCACAGUCAGUCUUUAUUUUUUUUUUUGUAUUGAAGAUUGAGACCAUGUAGUCAGUCAGACAAGCACGUGUCACAGUUGGCUGCACGUUUGCACGCCCACUAUCGGCGAGGAGGGUCUAAUCCCGGACUUUGGGCUGCAGUCGCGCAGAACUCCAAAGACCCCAUCGGAGAGCAUAGUUCAAGCGACAUUAUGUCUGUCCUCACCCACCUGCUGUCGUGCCUGUUCGGCAUUGGCUCCUGGGUGUCCAUCAAUGGCAUGUGGGUGGAGCUGCCCCUGAUCGUCCCCCACAUUCCGGAGGGCUGGUACCUUCCGUCUUACCUUUCCAUUCUCAUCCAGAUGGCCAACGUAGGGCCGCUGUUCGUCACACUGAUGCACCGCUUCCGUCCGGGAGCCCUCAACGAGGCGGCCGUCAUUUACGUCAUCAUCGCCCUGGGCACUGUGGCCAGUCUGCUGUUGGGUUUCUUUUGGAAGGAGACGGUCGUGGUGGCGGGUGUUCCUCGCAGCGUAGCUCUGCUCGCGCUCACCUUUUUCCUCGCCACCGUCGACUGCACAUCCUCUGUGACUUUUCUGCCCUACAUGAUGCGACUCAAGUCUCAGUACCUCACCACCUACUACAUCGGCGAGGGAGUGAGCGGCCUGCUGCCAGCUCUGGUGGCACUCAUCCAGGGCGUGGGUGUGGUGCACUGUGUCAACGCUACUCAGCCUCUUAGUCUGAACCAGACCGUCAACACCACCGAUGCCUCUCCAACAUUUGAACUCUUGGCUCAGCACCAGCCGGCCAACUUCUCAGCAGAGGUGUUCUUCUUCUUCGUUAGCGCCAUGAUGGUGGUGUGCCUGCUGGCCUUCCUGCUUUUGAACCAUCACCCGGCGGUGGCCAGAGAGACACUCAAAGGCCAGUACACCAACGGUGUAAAGGAGAGGAAGCGGGUGGAGGGGAAGUCCAUGAUGGACCCAAACCGACCCUCAAGCCAGACCUGCAGAAGCAGUUUUGGCACUGGGAUGUACAGCUGGAUGCAGGUGUUCUACAUCUUUGUGAUUCUGGGGUGGACCAACGCUCUGACUAACGUGGUGCUGCCCUCGGUCCAGUCGUACUCGUGCAUGCCGUACGGGAACAAAGCUUACCACUUGUCUGCCACCCUGGCGGCCGUGUCCAACCCUCUGGCCUGCUUCAUCGCCAUGUUCUUCCCGAUAAGAUCCUUAUGGCUGAUGGGAGCGUUGACGUCUGUGGGCAGUGGCGUGGGCGCCUUUAUAAUAAGCAUGGCUGCUCUGAGUCCGUGUCCUUUGCUGGUGAACGACGUCUCUGGUGGAGUCAUCAUGGUGCUGGCGUGGAUAGUCUUCGUUCUCGCGCUGUCCUACGUCAAGGUGAUCAUCGGUGUGAUCCUGCGCGACGAGGGCCACAGCGCCCUGGUGUGGUGCGGCGCCGUGGUGCAGCUGGGCUCCCUGCUGGGCGCGGUGGUCAUGUUCCCCCUGGUGAGCGUGCACAGCUUGUUCGCGUCCGGCGACCCGUGCAACACUAGAUGUCCGUGAAGCCGGCGGGCGCUUGGCAGGAAGGUCAGUUUGGAACUUUUUAUUUUCCCAGCUGUUCCAUGCUGGAAUGAGCGUGUGUACCUAAUGAUUUGGGUGCCUUUUUGGAAUGUAAUGUAAUAUAUGACAUAAACAAGAGGUGCCACUACUUAGUGACACCUCUUGUUUAUCUCGUAAAUAUCUCAAAUCUUAGUUGCAUUGCUUGUGUAUAGAAAUUAUUCUUGUAUACUUGUAUCAGUCUUCAUUGUGAUUCGACACAACUUAUUGUAUAAAGAUCUCUUUAGUGCUGCCUUUGUUUUUCUUACAAUGUCUGGAAAAUGCACAAUAAAUGCAAUGACCAUUGAA